GGAACCUAGAACAUGCCUGAGAUGAUUACCGUUGGGGUUUUCUCAACACUGCUAAAUAUCAGCAAUUCCUCCGUUCAUUGUCAGGGAGAGAACCAGCAUGUUGCUCUCACGGUCUUCCUGUGCCUGGUCUUCUUUAUUGGCUUCCUCCUAAAUAUAUUCAGCCUGUGGGUGUUCUGCUGCCGUUUUCCAUGCUGGACGUCUGGAACCACUCUGCAGUUCCACCUGGGCCUGAGUGACGCCAUCGCCACACCUGUUACCCCCAUGAUGGCUGUGUACUUUGCUGUGGGUAACGACUGGCCAUUUGGCCAGUUCCUGUGUCAGGUCAAGAUCGCCCUGUUGAGCUCGCAUUUUUAUGGCAGCACCAUAUUUCUUACUCUCAUCAGUAUCCAUCGUUACGCUACUGUUGUACACUUCAACAGAAGCUGCUGCAUCAAACAAAAGGUUUUUGUUCGGAAACUUUGUGCAUGUGUGUGGUGUGUGCUGGUGAUCCUGGCUCUGAUCUAUGCUAUCCUGCUGCCUACCAGCAAAGAGAAGGGUAAUAGUCAAUGUCUCUCCAUCCAUCAGAACAAUCUGACCAAUUCCUACUUUAUCAUUAAUUUCAUCCUGUUUAUCUUUGGAUUUCUGCUUCCUUUCUCUGUGUCUGCUAUUUGCUAUGGCCGUUUGGCAAACAAGUUGACUAACCUCAACAUCAGCACAUCCAAAGGUCUGAAAGUUAAGCUGAAAUCUCAGAGGAUGAUAGGCAUAUGUCUGUUUAUAUUUGGUGUGUGCUUCCUGCCACUGAAUGUGAUACGAACUCUGGGAGUUGUGUUGAAAAAAUUCUACCCACUAAAAUGCAGUGUUCUCCAGCACAUCGAGACAGCGUAUUACGCCACCUGGGUUUUAGCAGGCGUGAACAGUUGUCUGGACCCUGUGCUAUACUGUUUUGGUUCUCAGAAUUUUCGAGAGGCAUUUAAGUCUUUCCGGACUGGUAAGAUGGAUGCUCCAAACAGACAGAACAGAAGUGAUUCAGAAAUGACUGCAAAUCUGUAACCUAGAGGGUUAUUGGUUGAUUUGAGCCAGGUAAACCAAAGCAUACUUAGAAACAUCAUCUAUGCAACCUGAAUAAUUAUUGGAAUGGACCUGAUGGGGACUGAUGUAGGUUUUACUGGCAUGCACAAAAAAGCGGGCAAGUUAGCAAGCUGUAUCAUUUCUUUCAUUAUGUAGUUGUAGUAGUAUUUCCUUUCCUAUUAUUUCAGUAUUAGAUUAUUAACCAAAACUACUGGAUUGUGUUCAUCUUUAUUUUUUUAUUAAUCAUGUUGUAAAUUCAAAAACAAUGCAGAUUCAUAAAUUUACAUAAAAUUUAUAUCACAGGAGCAAAUGUGUACAUGACUCUGUAAUGAAAUAAAUUGCAAAG